AUGACCAGUCCAGAGUAUUGGAGCCGGCUACUCAUUGCCCUCUCCAUUGUUGGGGCUGUGGUAGCUACGCUCUUUUACCUUCUUCGGUUGUAUAGGCAUUGCCUUGGUAUCGGGAAGCUGGACGCUGGCGACGUGUUCCUCGGCUUAGGACUGGUAUUGUCUUAUGGCAUUACCAUAACAACCGUCAUCGCCCAGGAAUUCUGGCCAGCCUCCCACGUCUUCAUUAAGCUGUCCAUUAUUGUUCUUCUUCGGAAAUUGCUGGGAUCUGUCAAGAGAAUACUUCCUCUUACACUGUUUCUCGCCGUCUUUAUCAUCGCAUGGGGAUUGGCAGCUCUUGUUGCAAAUACCUUUCAAUGCUGGCCACCGCAGCAUUUUUGGAAUCACGAAAUUGAGGGCCAUUGCGUGAGUGGACGGAAGGCCCUUUUUAUGGCUCUUGGAUCCGUGUCAUUCGUCGAGGAUAUAAUGUUGUUGGCAAUCCCAUUUGCUAUAGUAUGGCGAUUGGAAAUAGCGCCACGAAAGAAAGUACUGCUUACCAUCCUGUUCUGUAUGGGUGGAAUGGCUUGUAUUUGUAGCUUGAUGCGUCUGAUCGCAUUGAGGUAUUACCCAGCAACCAACCUAACUGAAAGCGGCACAAAAGAACGAAUCUGGACGCUCCUCGAAAUUGAUCUCGCCAUUGUCUGUGCCUCAGUCGUGACGAUGCCCCCCUUGUUUGACCGUUGUACCGAUACCUGGAGGAGCGCCUACCACGAAACAAAAAGUCCCCGGAUAACAGCGGAGCGUACACAGAAGACGGACCGUUGGCCAUUUCAUAAGCACUGCACGAACUUCUCCCUGGAUGGUGGCUCCGAGGUGCGAUCACAGGUCUACCCUCCUGCACCUAUUGAGGUAAGCAAUCACAGAGCAGACAUCAUAGAAGGACCUUGUAUCAGAGUCGAGACGACUAUUAUCCGGGAUGUUGAUGAUCGCGAAGUGCUUUGGCCACAGGCUGGGAGAACUUCCUUGACUUCAGGGGUACACUCUACUCGUACGGAUGAGAAAGAUAUGAUGGAUGAUAUGUCGAAUGUUGAUUUUAGUGGUGUUGGGUGGGAUUCGGACAAUAGCUAUCCGUAGACACUCGUCUAGAUAGGAAAUCUAGCUCCGCUUGUUGGAUAAAGACGCAACGAAUCGGAAAUGUGAGAGGUUUAGGGUGGAAAGGACUGUACGUUGGAGAGUGUCUGCUGUUCGGUGUAACACGAGCCAGAGAACUGUAGCGGUCAUGAUGAUGGCAGGCGAGAAGCAUGGUUUGACUUGGCGUUUUUGAAAUUGCUCUGUAUCAACCUCUAUUUACCUUGAUCUCUUAAGUCUGAGACAUUCGAGAGAUCUUGAAG